ACCUUCCUCAGGCACGAAAGCCAGCACAAGCGCCAGCACAAGCACAAGCACAAGCACAAGCGCUGCUCGCUCACACUCCAAGUCCCCUAGCGGAGUCCCUUCCUUCCAUAUCCAUGGACGAAACCCUAACCAUAACGCCGGAAACUUCCGAAGCGCCCGCUCCUAAUGCUGCUGCUGUGGACGAAGAGAAAAACAACAAUGAAGACGAACCCAUGCGUGAUGCAGCUGAAGACCCCGAUGGUUCGGAUUCUGAUUCUGAUGCUAACUCCUCUGAUUCUCAGUCUGAUUCCGAUGACGAAGCUCAGCAGAACCUUCAACUCCAGACCCUCGAGGCCGAGCUUGCUGCUAACCCCUCCAACUAUGAUGCUCAUGCGCAAUAUAUAAAAGUACUGAGGAAAAUGGGGGACAUCGAAAAGCUGAGAAAGGCAAGGGAAGCUAUGAAUGAACUGUUUCCAUUGAGCCCUCAAAUGUGGCGGGAAUGGACCAAAGAUGAGGCUUCUCUCAAUACUGGACCUGAGGCUUACUCUACAAUUCUGAAGCUUUAUGACCGUGGGGUGUCCGAAUAUCUGUCUGUCUCUUUAUGGUGUGAUUACAUUAAUUUCGUCCAAGAGUUUGAUCCGAUGGUGCAGCAAUGUACACCUGCUGGUAUAACCAAGGCAAGGGACUUGUUUGAGCGUGCUCUUACUGCAGCUGGUUUGCAUGUUGCCGAAGGCAAUAAGAUAUGGGAGGCAUAUCGGGAAUUUGAGCAGGCUAUACUUCUUACCAUUGAUGAGACUGACAUAGAGGAAAAAGAUAAACAAGUCCAGAGAAUCCGAAGUUUAUUCCACCGGCAGUUGUCCAUUCCCCUUUCUGGUAUGAGUUCAACAUUGAUAACCUAUAAGGCUUGGGAGGUUGAACAGGGUAAGCUUCAUGAUGUGGAGUCUAGCGACAUAGCUGAGAUUUAUCCUCAUGUUGUCUCUUCAUACCAGAAGGCAUUGGAUAUGUACAAUGCCCGUGCUCAUCUUGAAGAACAUAUUGCUAGCCACACUUCUGAGUCAGAAAAGUUACAACACUACAUGAAUUACGUGAAAUUUGAACAAUCUUCUGGAACACCAGCCAGAGUCUUAGUUUUAUAUGAGCGAGCUGUUACAGACUUGCCGAUAGCAUCUGACCUCUGGCUUGAUUAUACUCGGUACUUGGACAAAACUUUAAAGGUUGGCAAUGUCGUAACCAAUGUUUACACCAGAGCCGCUAAGAACUGUCCAUGGGUUGGAGAACUUUGGGUUCGAUACUUGCUUUCAUUGGAGCGUGGCCAUGCUUCUGAAAAAGAGAUAGCAGCUGUCUUUGAGGAAUCCCUGCAAUGUACCUUUUCAACCCUUGAUGAGUAUCUUGAUUUAUUUCUCACUCGAGUAGAUGGCUUAAGGCGGAGAAUGGCAUCUGCUGGUGAAGAGGGCCUUCUGGAAUAUCAAAUUAUAAGGCAGACGUUUCAGGAUGCCUCAGAUUACCUGUCACCACAAUUAAAGAAUACGGAGGGCUUGGUGCGUUUACAUGCUUAUUGGGCCCAUUUAGAAGCUAAACUCGGAAAAGAUAUAACUGCAGCUCGUGGAGUCUGGGAGAGUCUUGUCAAAAUCUGUGGUUCAAUGUUGGAGGCAUGGAAAGGAUAUAUAGCAAUGGAAAUUGAACAUGGUCACAUAAAUGAAGCUAGGUCCAUAUACAAGAGAUGCUACAGCAAGAGGUUUCCUGGGUCUGGUUCAGAGGACAUAUGCCAUUCAUGGUUACGUUUUGAGAGGGAGUUUGGCACUUUGGAGGAUUAUGACCAUGCCUUACAAAAGGUUAGCCCACGUCUGGAAGAGUUACAACUAUAUAGGAUCCAGCAAGAAUUGAAGUCGACAGAGGAUAAAGAACAUCAUCCUAAAAGAAAUGUUCGUGACAAGAGAAAGUUGGAGUCUGACAUAAAUGAUGGGCAGUCUCCAGCUAAGCGACGGAAAGAAGUUGGUAAGAACCCAAAGAAAGUUCCUGAAGAAAAUAAAGGUCAAGAGAACUUUCCUCAGGCGACAAAAGUGGGAGAGGCCAAUGAGCAGAUUAACAAAUCUGAAGAUGCAACUAAACAACAGUCUACCUCUGAUAAAAGCAGGGCCUUCUCAGAUCAGUGCACUGUCUUUAUGUCAAACUUGAACCUUACGGCAAAUUAUGAUCAUAUCCGUAAUUUCUUCAGUGAUGUUGGUGGAAUUGUUGCCAUUCGUAUUCUGCAUGACAAGUUCACUGGAAAAUCAAGGGGCCUGGCCUAUGUGGACUUUUUGGAUGAAGAGCAUCUUGCUGCUGCAGUAGCUAAGAACAAGAAAAUGUUACUUGGGAAGAAGCUGAGUAUUGCUCGGUCUGAUCCAAGUCGAGGCAGAAAGGAAUCUUCUGGUCAGAGAAACUUGAAAGAACAAAGACGUGGCACUGAUCGAUCUGAUCAAGCAGGUUCUGCAGCCAAAGAGUCUGAUGAUGCUUCAAAGGAAGCUGUAAAGGAAACCAAGUCUGCAAACAGAAAGCCUGGAGGCGAUAACAUCCAGAUCAAAGGGAAAAACACUUUUGCGGUGCCCAGAAAUGUGAGAGCACUUGGCUGGACUUCCAAUAAGCCGAAGACUGAAGAGGAUGAAACGCCCAAGUCCAACGAUGAAUUUAGAAAAAUGUUCAUUAAAAAAGAGUAGGCUUUUCUUUGGCCCAUAAUCUAGAUAUGACAAUGCCAAUUGACCGUUGAAGCUUUGGAAUAUACGAGUCGUGUUUACUGAUGUAUAUUUCAGCGUUGUUCUGUUAUCAAGAAUCUUAAGGUUUUAUCCCCCCUUGGGACUUAUCCAUUGUUAGAGAACAAUUUGAGGGAAUAUGUAUUCUCCCAUCUCGGCCUCGUUUCUAUCCAACAGCUUUUGUAAAUGGAAUAAAACACGUGGGAUAAAAUAGUGUUGAAUAUUUUUUUAAUUGUUAAUAUGAAUUGCGUGUAGUUCGGUUA